AUGCAGAAGAUAAUGGAAAAAGGUGUUGGCGGGUCUCAAGAGUUAGGCCACCUAAGGUCUUAUUCUUCCACGUCAAGUUCUUUGUCAAGCCAACGCCUUUAUCCGUCACAUGAAAAUCAAUUAGAGGGCAUGAAACAACGCUAUGGUUCACGUUGGGUUGUAAGUUGUUGCGAGAUGCCGCGAAUGGGGGACGGCGUGGAACUUUGGAAGCUGUAA